CAUCAGGCGAUCCUGAGCUGGGAGUGGGGGGAGGGGAGCGCGGAAGGCUGAUAGUGGUUGAAAGCUACCUACCUCAAGUACCGCGUGUACCAGCGGGGUACUCCUUUAUUCGGCUUUCUGCCUUCCCAAGUGUAAUGCCCAUGGCCAGGUUCCUCUGGGAUUGACACGUUCCACAUCGACUUUUAUUGACUUCUCGUCAGGGCCUCUGGAAACGGUCUGCUACAGAGGUUAGCUUUUGUUGGUAACAUCUGUGCGUUCCAUAAUGACGGGUUCUUCAGUCCGCGCCGCCCUUUCAGCAGGGGUAAAAUAUCAACGACAACAUCAUCUUAGUCUACGAGGUACCAUUUUUUCUAAUGCCCCUAAAAUGACAUUUACCACUCGUCCCUGCUUUGCAUCAAAUCUACUUCCAACUGCAAGGAGCUUUUCCUCCCAAGCAGUUACAAAAAACCUUCGACUGAUGACACCAGAGGAUGAUAAGCCAAAGGUGGAUCAAAAGUCUCUGACUGUAGAAAUAAGAAAGGAAAGGCCUUUAGUAGUAUUUUUAGAAUGGAUGGCUGCUCAUAGAAACCAUGUCAAAAAAUUCACUGAUCUAUAUCUAGGCAGUGGCUAUGAUGUUCUUGUUGCACCACUCAAACCAUCUCAGCUUCUUUUCCCAACCAGUGGAAGCCAGGUGGUGGCUGCUGAGUUGGCUCAGUUCCUCGCCAACAACAGUCAUUACUCACGCAUUCUCGUGCACGGAUUCUCCAUAGGGGGCUACGUUUGGGGUGAAGUGGAGCUCUUGCUCUCACGAGACUCAUCAAGAUACUCAUCUGUCAUCAAACGAAUUCAUGGUCAAGUUUGGGACUCAGUGGUUGGCCUGGAAUCAAUUAUUCAGGGAUUCCCCUUAGCUGUUUUUCCCAGAAACUUCUUGCUUCGGACUGCCUUUUCAAAUUAUCUAGGGCUACACUUAUGGAUGUUUAAAAAUGUCGCAACAAAGCAUUACCAUGCAAGCAGUGCCUGCUUUCAUCACCCACCAGUUAAAGCUCCAGCAUUGGUGCUUGCCUCACGUGGUGAUCCUAUCUGCUCCUUCAAGGAAAUGAUGGAGGUGGUUGAUGAUUGGCGAGAAGAUAAAAUUGAGGUGACGGUGAAACUCUGGGAUGAUUCUCCUCAUGUUGGGCAUUUAAGAAAACACAGAGUGGAAUACAUUGCUGAAUUAAAUAAAUUUCUUCAAGGUCUUCAGCUACCCACAGUACAUGAUAAUGAAGGAUCUACAAUUUCUUCUAAAUUGUAAACUUCAGGGAAAAUAAAAGGGGAUCCAGUAAUGAAGAUGGGACCACCUUGAAAUCUGUUGCAGCCAUAUUGACAGCAGUGUGACCAAAAUGUCAAGCGCCAGUCAAUUUGAAAAUUCACUUUUCUAUUAUGUUUUUAAAGUAAGUCAAUAUUGUUAUAUCAGCCUUUUUUGUACUUAGUUAAACAGGUAUCAGAUUUCAGUCAUGCAAUAUUGUUUCGUAAGGUUCAUUUUGUAGAAUCAAAAUAUACAUAAAAGAUUCUUAUAAAGGUGAAAAAUUCUCUCUUUUUUUAAUUUGUAUUUCUGAAGUUAAAUUUGUUAAGGUAUAAUUCAGUUUUGCACCAAAAUAAAUCUGGGAUUAAUCUGAA